AUGUCGAUCGCGGACGCGUUGGACGCGCGAUUCGUGAAGGCGUACGCGGGGACGGGUGGCGAAGGCGAGGCGGCGAGGACGGGAACGCGAACGUUUGGGAUGAUCACGCGUGAUGUGGACGUCGACGCGAACGAUUGUUGGUGCGUGACGCCGAGUGGGAGGUUCGUCGCGUCGCUCACGUCGACGACGGCGUCGAUGUUGGGAUUGGGGACGACGGAGGACGCGAGAGGGAAGCGCGCGGCGAGCGUAAACUGUCGCAGGGAGAAGUUUAGAGUGUCGAAUCGGUUUCACGAUCGGCUCGGGGCGUGCGCGAGGACGCUGGAGGGUAGGAUUGGGAAGAGUGAUGUGUUUUGCGCGUCGCUCGUUGACGGAAGACCGGAGGACGUGACGUUCCCGCCGACGGUGAUGGAGGCGAGUCGGGUCGCGAACGAAACGGUUUCGGAACGCGUCAUGGUGGAUUUAUCGUGUGAAGAGGCGAUUUUGUUAGCGUCCAUGGACCCACCGAACAGAGGAGAGUCGAAGCCGUUCGAAGUGGACGAUUUAGAGCGCAUACUCGAGUUUUGCGGUCGUCUGAGCCUCGGGAACGAAUACGUUCAAGGCGACGCGAGCGAGCGAAAAGACGCCGUCGACGUCCACCGCCUGUCCGGUUUCUUACUCCAUCCUGAGAUCGAGCGCGCGAUUGAAUUCGCGAGAAAACUGGUAAACGACCACGGCGCCCCUUGGUCUGUCGUGACAGUUUGGUCGUUCCCGCAAGUACCGAGCAAUCUCACCGGCGCGCCGGUGAAGAAAAUAGAACGGGAUCCGUGCACGCCAAAAUGCCCUCGAGUAUUAGUCCUCGUCAUUUAUCGGGAUGAUAAGUACUUGAUGUUCACGACAUAA